GGUUUUAAAUAUAUAGCGACAGGUAGUUAGUUUAUUUGGUUUUCACUCUCGCCAGCUCUAAAAUAAGGUUAAAUGUAGCUGGCUCGGUUAGCUCGGUCAGUGCUGAUUUGUUGUCAGGUUCCCAAGAUUUCUUCUUUUGCAGAAAGGGACACUUUAAUCAUAAAAAAAACAAAAAAAACAAAAACAAAACCUUCGAACCACUUCACGUUUUAUGAAGAAAGGAAAUGGAAAACCUUGACUUCUCAGAGGAAGAAAUCCAAGAGCAGUUAGCUGUGCUUGGAUACACCAACAUAACGAAACAAAGACUGCGUGACUUCAAACGAGAUCUCGACUUGCUGAUUCAUCAUGAAAAGUCCAAGAGCAGCACUUCGGCUGAGUGGAGCUCGCCAAAAUCUCACAGCAGUUCAUGCAAGAGUCCACCAGCGUUCACUAAAGAGAAAGUCCAGGUCCCCAGUGCUGCUUCCAAGUACAACUACAUUUACUCUGGCAAUAGGGCAGCAGAUCAGCACAGACAGGUUCUGACCUCAACGUUUAAUGAUGAAAACUGUGACACUGUGAACCUGGGGCAUGGUGACUCUUACAUAAAGCACUCAGUGGCUCCCGGAUGCAUCAGACCCUCUACAGCUCCUAACAGGCUUGAGGUCGAGGACACGUCCUCUGACAUUUACCACUCAGUCCUGAGUGCCAGUGAACCUGAGAGGCCCCAGCGAGACCUUCACGCUAAUGCAAAACCAGCUCUCAAGAGAAAAGUGCUUAGGAAGCAUAGGGGACAUUCUCAGGUGUGUGAUGAGUCUACGUACAGUGAGGACUCUGAGCCAGUAAGUGAGCUGGAAGAGCGCUUGGAGCAACUACGUGUGUCUGCUCCUCACAGGCGACAUGAAUUGUACUCUGAGAGCGAGGAGACGAGCAGCUACAGUGACAGACACAGCUCUGCUACAGACGAACUGCCCAGUGCUUUUCAGGCCUACAUCAAAGGCAUGACAAGAUCGCGCAGUGAGAACGACAUCAGACCUCGUCCCAAAUCCUUUAUUCGACCAGUUAUGGAUCACCCACACACAAGAAACUUGAAAAAAACAGAUCCCGUUGCAAAGUAUUUCCAGUACAAGCAGGAUUGGGAGAUGUUUAAGCCCCCUGGAGAGAAGCGCAGGAAAGAGCUACACUUGGCCAUCAGGGAACAACUCGCAUACCAGCCUCCACCUCCAAAGCCUCAGAGAACAUACGUCCCAAACGCAUAUGUGGUGCCUACAGAGAAGAAGCGUUCUGCUUUACGAUGGGAAAUCAGACAUGAUUUGGCAAAUGGAAUCAUUCCUGCAAAAGUAACCUAUACGUAAUGUAACUUAAGCAAAUGACUAACAUCCGUGCCACCUUAAUUUUUAAGGUUUUUAUUUAUUAAUGCAUGUUUUCCCUGUCCUGUGAGUUGUAUGAUUGAAAUGAAUGGCAUAUAGAUCAGUGUUUUAUGAAAUAAAUUGUUUUUUAAUACA